UGCUGCCAACCGCUCGGUGCACACACUGGUCAAAGUGUCAUGGAACCUUUACGUUUUAUGUCUCCAAAUGGCGGCUUUUAAACCAGGAUAGACUUCUUUUUAUGUUCAGGGAACAGACAGAGAGACACUAUGGAUUCUGGUCAGGGGAAGGACAGCAUAAUGCUGACAUUAUUUGCUGUUAUCUGCGUUUCUUUUGGGUUCUUCAACCAAGCUCACGCCCAGCUGCCUGCUAGUAAAGCAUACUUCAACGGUACAUCCAACGUUACAGUCAACACUGUACUGGACUUUCAAACGUCACCAGGAACGUGGCUUAAUUUCAGAACUUGUUACUCAGGAGAAAUCCUGACCCAAACUGGUUCCAAUGGAGACUCAUUCACCCUCUCCAUCAACCCCAGCGGGUUUCUCCAAGCCGACUGGACGGUUGGAAUGCUUUCAAAAUCUGUGGAUGUGGGACCGAACUACGCAACCAAUUCGGGAUGGGUACUUUUAAAAUUGCAAUACACACUCGGGAGCAUCCAGCUUUCGGUCGGUAACAACGUGACGACGUUAGCCACCACGACGUUAAACAGUGAACUUCUUGCGAUUGAUUUGUCCGGUGGAAGCAGGGUUAUUUUAGGGAGGAACUUUGACGGGUGCAUUGAGCAGGUUACUGGGUUACUGCUUGAUAAUGCGGAGAGUUGGAACAAUGUGGAGUGGGGGGCGUGUCCGUUAGAAACGCAACAAGGGUGUAACCCGCCAGAGCUCAAUCCAUGCUAUAGCCAUCCGUGCAAAAACCAGGGUGUUUGUUCUAGCAACGCUCAAACACCGAACGGAUUCACGUGCCAAUGCACGGCCCGUUACACCGGUGAUCGUUGUGAGUUGGACACAGGACCAUUGUGUCUGAACCCACAGUAUAGUCUGGAUUGCUUGAAUGAUGGGAUAUGCAAGGAGGACGACAUCGGCAACUCCACAUUCUGCGUGUGUACCUUACCGUACGAGGGCCCGCUGUGUGAAUUCAACAAGACGUUUGCGUGUUCUCCUGAUGCGUGCAUGAACAAUGCGACGUGUACUGAAGACCCAAACGGCAUCAGCUGUUUAUGUGUACCAGGCUUUAGUGGUGAUAACUGUGCCAUCAGCAUUGAUGAAUGCAGGGUCAAUCUCUGCCUAAACAACGCUCGCUGCAUCGACGGAAUCGACUCCUACACCUGUAACUGCACGGGUACCGGCUACACUGGUACCUUCUGCUCUGAAACCGUCAAUGAGUGCGACGCUCGACCCUGCUUGAACAACGCUGCCUGCGUGGAGUUAUCAGGGAGCUUUGCUUGUGUUUGUUUGCCUGGCUGGACUGGGGAUGUAUGUGGAGUUGAGAUCGAUGAAUGUGUGUCCGACCCUUGCCAGAAUGGGGGAAGUUGCUCGGAGCUGUUCAAUAGCUACAUUUGUCAGUGCGUGGGCGGCUUUGGUGGUACAAACUGUGAGACAAACAUUGACGAUUGCGCUGGCGUAACCUGCCCAGACACAUUUACAUGUGUGGAUGGAAUCAAUAUGUACACGUGUGAAUGCCAACCUGGCAAAGUCAAUUCAUCUGGUGUAUGUAUAGACUACGAUGAGUGCUCAGUCCAACCAUGCGUCAAUGGAGAUUGCGUCAACGGAGACAAUAUGUAUGAAUGCAACUGCUUCCCCGGCUUUAAUGGAACCAACUGUGAACUAAAUAUUGAUGAAUGUUUCUCAUCACCAUGCCUCAUGGGAUCCACCUGUAAUGAUAAUGAUAACAGCUUCAACUGCACCUGCCUGCCUGGUUAUGAUGGAACGCUAUGUGAUAAUAACAUAGAUGAUUGUUUGAUGGAUCUAUGUCAGAAUGGAGCAACUUGUGUAGAUGGUAUUAACAGCUAUACCUGUACCUGCGUACCUGGCUAUGACGGUGACACGUGUGACAAUGACAUCAAUGAGUGCCUCCCUGACCCCUGUAAGAACAAUGCCACGUGCAAUGACAUGCUCAAUGAUUAUGAAUGUAGCUGUAUCCCUGGAUUUAUUGAUAAGAAUUGUUCAACCGACUAUAACGAAUGUGAAUCAAAUCCAUGUCAGAACAGCGCCCGCUGUGAAGAUCUGUUGAAUGCAUUCUUGUGCGUCUGCACCAUUGAUUACAUGGGCGAGACUUGCGAUAUAAUGUACGACGCUUGCGUGGCCGAGACCCCGUGCCAGAAUGGCGCCACCUGUGUCACACCUCAACCACUCCCUUCUUUCACUUACACCUGUCAAUGCGUUCCUGGUUUCAACGGCACAGACUGUGAAUUCAACAUCGACGACUGCGUGAAUCAUGAUUGUAACGCCACAGCAGGCCUGACCUGUUUCGAUGAGGUUAAUGGUUUUAGAUGUGCGUGCCCUAUCGGGUUUGAAGGUCCACUCUGCGCGACUGAAACAGACGAGUGUCAUUCAAAUCCCUGUAUGAACUCGGGCGUCUGCAAUGAUUUCAUUGGGUUUUUCAACUGUACAUGUGCCCCUGGGUUUACAGGAGACCUCUGUGAAGUUGACAUUGAUGAUUGUGAACCCAAACCAUGUCUCAACGGGGCGGUAUGUCAAGAUAGAGUCGAUGGAUAUCAGUGUUUCUGCGUACCCGGGUUCUCCGGAAGCGACUGUGAGAUAUUCAUAGACGAAUGCGACUCCGAUCCGUGUCAAAAUGGCGCAACAUGCGUCGACGGUAUCUUAGAUGUGAAUUGUACCUGCGUCUUGGGCUUUGAGGGGAAAUUCUGUGAGAUUAACAUCGAUGAGUGCGAGUCCAACCCGUGUGAGAAUAACUCCACAUGUAAUGAUGGAGUGAAUGAGUUUGAUUGUACAUGUACACCAGGCUUCGCCGGUACACUGUGUGAGAUAGACAUUGAUGAAUGCGCCGUCCAACCAUGCAAUACAGGCAUCUGCACUGACGCUGUUAACGGCUACACCUGUGACUGCGCGGAUACUGGCUAUAAGGGAAUCAAUUGUGAGAAUGACAUCGAUGAUUGCGCAUCUACUCCUUGCCUUAACGAAGGAACGUGUGUUGACGGAGUUAAGAUAAUCACCUGCUAUUGCCAUGAGGGGUAUGAUGGGGUGAACUGCGAGAAUGAUAUCAAUGAAUGUCUGAGUGGACCAUGCGUUAAUGGAGGACAGUGUCUACAGAAAUCUGAUCAGAGUCUGUACGGUAAGAACGAUCCCCUGUUCCCCGGAGCUUUCAACUACUCCGACGCUAGCGGGUUUAAAUGCAGAUGUUUGGCUGGAUACGAAGGUGAUUUGUGUGAGAUUAACAUCGACGAAUGUGCUUCAGGGCCCUGUCUUAACGGUGCGACAUGCAACGAUGGCGUCAACGGUUAUAUCUGCGUUUGUGCCGGCGGCUGGGAAGGUGUUGACUGCAGCAUCGAGAUUGAUGAAUGUGAACCGGCACCGUGUAAGAAUGGUGCCUCGUGCACUGAUCUCAUUAAUGAUUAUGACUGCACCUGCACUCACCAGUACGGUGGUAAGAACUGCGCUGUGGAACUCAUAGGGUGUAUCGAUAAUACAGAUUGCGCAAACGGCGCUACAUGUGUACCGGCUUACAAUGAUACUUCAGGAGUACAUUCCUUCACUUGUAUCUGUGAUGCAGGUUUUACCGGUAACCUUUGCACUGUCAUAACCUCAGCUGCUUUCGACACAGAAGGUGCCUUCUUGAGAGAUACGGGUACCAAUGGAAAAACGACUCUCGAUUACUCUCUGGCCUUACAGACCACCCUCCCUGAUGGAGUGCUUCUGUACACGGGUGAUAGUGAUCUGUACUUCCUGCUCGAGAUGUUCAACGGAGACUUGGUAUUGAAGUACGGCAACGGCAAAGAUGCUGCCAUAGAAAUCAACAACUUUGGGCAGAUUAUUAAUGACGGCGAGUACCAUACAGUUAAGGUCAUCAUCACUAGCUCCAGCAUAACUCUUUCAGUCACAGUCCACACGUCCACGCGGUCCCGCAGAGAUGCCACAUGCUCUGGGGGUAUUUGCCAACAAGUUGCUCCCAUACCUGAGAACUAUCAAGUCACGUUUGAUUCUAUGUACGUCGGCGGCGUCCCCAGCGAUACCGCCGACAAGGUCUCUGCACUCUCAAACUCUGGGAAGUUUUUCACAGGCUGCAUGCAGGACAUUAUAAAUGAGGAAACUGGUGGGUAUGUCUUGCCGGAGGCGUUGACCCGUGCGGCUCCAGCAGGGUGCGUCAGAGUGAAGCAAUGUGACCCAGAUCCAUGUAAUGCAAAUGGAGCUUGUACUGAUUUAUGGCUGAGUUUUUCCUGUGAUUGUUUCAUUGGAUAUGUUGGAGACGCCUGUGGUUAUAGUUUCAUACCCGGCACAUUCCGUUCUGAAGACACGGCAGUAAGCUACGCCGAGUUCACAGCUGACGGCACCCUCUCUACCAGCUACAGCUCCAUCAGCCUAGCGUUCCGAACACGAGAACCCAACGGUUUGAUCCUCUUCACUCGGGAUGCAUCCACCGAUAGCUUCAUCGCUGUUGAACUCGUCAAUCAACAGCUACAGGUUAAUCUAAAACAAAAUGGAAGCUCACAUCAGAUCAGUGCAGGAGACGGACUUUCCAAUGGUGACUAUAAUAAUGUGAUGCUGUCAGCCCAGGGAACUGAACUCACACUCAAAGUCAAUGAGUCCUCAAGCUCUACCCUAUUAACAAGCGGAGCAUCCGAGCCAGGCUACUCAGUUUUCAGUGUCGGCGGAGUGAGUGAUUUCACAAGCGUCCCCCCACCACUUGCCAUCACAACUGAUACUUAUUUCAAAGGAUGCCUUUGGGAUGUCAAAUACAACAACUACUCCCUUCAGUUUGAGCCGCUCAGCAUUCCAGACGUAAUCAUUCCAACCUUCCCGAUGACGACAAACACCAGCGUUCUGAUCAAUGGAUGCGAGAGUGACGACACAUGUAAAGAUUCACCGUGUGAGAACGGAGGAACUUGCCAGAUCACUUGGAAUGACUUUGAAUGUUUGUGUCCGACUGGGUUCGGCGGCAAGAACUGCUCGGAGUUGACCAUCUGUUCUGAAAACCCAUGCCCUGAUGGUGCUGAAUGUUUGGAUCUACCUGAUGGGCACGAAUGUGUUGUUGAAGCAACCUUCAAUGGAGACGACAGUUUCAUCAGCUACAGACCAAACAUCAGCGCAAUGAACGACCUGGAGACCAUCUCACUCCGAGCUCGUACCCUCUUCCCAGCAGGCAUCAUCUUCCAUUCCUCCAGCAGCAUCUUAGAUAACUUUGUCACCAUCUACCUCAUGGGUGGUAUGGUCGCUGUCCGUUUCAAUCUCGGUGAAUCGGGCGUGGUGCAAUCCUCAGUUGUUAUAAAUGAUGGUGACUGGCACGAUAUCGAAGUCAGAUUCACAAUGACCAGGGUUGAGGUUUCGGUCGACGGCAACAUCGUAGGUCAAAAUUACACUGCGUUAAACCCUCUCACCAAUGUCGUCCUCUCAGCAGAUAGCUCCAUCUUUGUCGCCGGUACAACCAUCUUCAACAGCGAGUACUUUAUCAAUUUUAGUACCUUUGAUGGCUGUCUCGAUGAGGUCCGUGUUGGUGGGAUGCUACUACCGUUCUUCGACCGAGAAACGAUCAACUCAACAAGUGUGGACCAGUUUGAGGCCAAUGUUCUUAAUGUUGUGUAUGGUUGCGACGGUGACCCGUUGAUUUGCGACUACAACCCCUGCUUCAAUCUAGGUACCUGUGUCCCGAAUUGGAAUACCUACUAUUGCUCUUGUAUCCUUGGCUUCGAGGGCGUUCACUGCAAGAUCGACAUCGACGAGUGUUCACCGGUACCAUGCGCAGCGGGAUCAACAUGUAUUGAUGAGAUUAAUAACUACACCUGUACGUGUCAACCUGGUUACGAGGGACGGGACUGUAGCAGUGAAAUCGAUGAGUGUGAUCCAGACCCAUGUCUCCAAGGUUCAGCGUGCCUUGAUGGAGUGGAUUUCUUUAACUGCACCUGUCUAGACGAGUACACUGGCAGGUUAUGUGAUGUUCUGAUCAAUGAGACAUGUGCCGGUAAUCCCUGCAAGAAUGGAGCAACGUGCCAAGACGCCAAUGGAUCAAGGCCUGCGUUUAUGUGUCAAUGCCCCAAGGGUUUUGACGGUUCCGACUGUGGUAAUGAAAUAAACUACUGCCUUUCCAGCGAGUGUACCAACGGAGCUACCUGUGACAAUGACGGAGAUAAUGAGGGAUUCACAUGCUACUGCCCUGAUGGAUAUAGUGGGAACUUCUGCCAGAUAAAUGAUAAUGAUUGUAAUGGUGUGACUUGCCAGAAUGGUGGAGCAUGUCAGGAUGGUGUGGAUGAGUUUACAUGUAAUUGCGCAUCAGGAUACGAGGGUCAGUUCUGCGAAACUAACAUCAAUGAGUGUGAUCCGGAUCCAUGUUACUUUGGAGCGACAUGUGAGGACUUGAUUGGGGAGUACAACUGCGUUUGCACUGAUAACUACGGGGGCCGAAAUUGUUCCAAUGAUAUUGACGAGUGCCAAAACGGCACUGCCCCAAUCUGCCUUAAUGGGGGCACCUGUAAUAACACCCAGGGCGGGUACACCUGUACCUGCCCUCCAGACACUUAUGGUUCCCGGUGCCAAUUCACCCCCUGUUCCCCCUCCCCCUGUGAAGAUCACGCCAACUGUUCCACCCAUCCUCCAGAGUCCUUUGUUUGCCAUUGUCCGUUUGGGUAUGAGGGGUUGACAUGCAGUGUGGCCAAUUGUUCCGGUGUGACUUGUGACAAUGGCGGCACUUGCCAGCUUGGUGAUGGGGGUGGUAGCUGGAUUUGCUCAUGCACUGAGUUUGUUACAGGCCCCAAGUGUCAGUACAGAGGCCCAUGUGCAACAGGUCAAGCCUGCGAGAACGGUGGUACGUGCCAGCAGACCUAUCUCAAUGACGGAAGCUUCAGCUUUCAGUGUCUCUGCCCAACUGGAUUCAAUGGCACCAACUGCGAGUUGGAGAUUAACUGGUGUGAUAGCAACCCAUGUCAGAACGAGGGCAGUAACUGCACUAGUACUAGAGAGACGUUUGUGUGCGUCUGCGGACCGGGAUGGGAAGGUACAUUCUGCGAAGUGAAGUUACCAGACUGUGCCAGCGGUGCAUGUCAGAAUAAUGCAACGUGCAAGGAUCUAGACUAUGGCUAUGAAUGUACCUGUGCUCCUGGUUACAGCGGGGAUGACUGCGAGACAAACAUCAAUGAGUGUCUAAGUAAUCCGUGUCUUAACAACGGCAGCUGUACUGAUGCUGUCAACAGUUUCUUGUGUGAUUGUAAUGGCAUUGGAUACGAUGGUCCCACUUGCUCCAUGGACAUAAACGAAUGUGACGCCACUCCCUGCCUGAACAACGGCACAUGUAAUAAUCAGCCUGGUAGCUACAAGUGUGAAUGUCAAGCGGGUUACGUCGGCAACACCUGCCUCUUGGAGGAUCCUUGUUUCUUCCUCAAACCCUGUAAGAAUCAAGCUUCAUGCGCUUAUUACAUCACACCGGAUGGUCUGACAAUUGAAUACGUUUGCUCAUGCGCUGACAACUAUGAAGAUAAAAACUGUGAUAAGUUCGUCGGUGAUCAGACCAACUGGGCUCUGAUUGGUGGAGUAACCGCAGGUGCCAUCGUCCUUCUGAUUGUCAUCAUCGUCCUUGGCGUCUUUCUCAUCAACGUCAAGAACAAGAGGGCAACAAGAGGGACGUACAGUCCCAGUCGGCAGGAGAUCUCAGGCUCCAGGGUGGAGAUGGAUAAUAUUCUCAAGCUACCCAACGAGGAAAGACUUAUUUAAAUAUUCAUAGAUUGUUUUGAACUUGUGAAGGGAUAUCGACAGUGUGUGAAUGUAAGUGUUUGAUUUUUAUUAUAAAUCUUCGUUGUGGAGUGGAAGCCGUUGUCAACGCCACUUCAUCAGACGUAGCCAUGAAUCAUUUGGUCGAUAAGCCAAUCUCAUACCGUCAUUUUAGUUGAUCAUUUGAAUGCUGCUAAUGUCUUGUUGGGUUCCUUUGUUGCUAUUCCUAUCAAUAUCUCAAAUGUUGCAGUAACCACUGCCUCUAGCUACUAGGCAAUCUCGGUGGUAAAAUAUCAGCUCUAUAUUGGCAGUAGUUGAGUAAUUUUACUUUUAAUGGACGCAUCCCAUCAAUUUUUAACGGAUUUUUAUGAUCCAUGUCAAAAAGUGAAAUUUUUAAAAGACUUUUUUUCAGAGGGUAUUAUGAUUUACUCCAGAUUUCUUGUUUUAAAGAUUAAUAACAAUUUUAAAAGGAUGUUUAGAAUUUCAAAUGGCAAAAUAUUGGAACCUAGACUGUGAAGGAAGAUCUUUACUUUUUCAGAAAUGUUCACUUUGCAUUUCGCUUGGGUUGAAAUUAGGAAUCAACUUAGUGCCUCGUGGGUUUUGCAUUUGUGUGGUUUUAACAAAUUUGUCUUCAGUUUGUCUAGCUGCGUAUUUUGUACUGGUUUUAGACGAUGCUUUUUAUUGCAAGUUAGAUUGCAAAUCUGCCUGCAGCAUAGAAUGUGCCUUUUUCACCGUCCAAAAUCUGCCAACAAGAAGCGAAAAAACACACAAAUUUACGCAAUAAUAAUGAACUUUUACUCAAUGUAAAUAUAUUUAUAUAUGUAUAUUAAACACCUGUUCUCGCGCAUAAUGCUUUUUCCAAUUUUUAAAACGUUGGUUUUAACUGAUUAAUUCCUAUCAACUCACUCCUGUUUCGCUUUUUUUUU